AUGAGCGCAGAACUCCAACAGGUUCAAAAAGUGUGGGAGCGCACCCGCUCAAACAGCCCGAUCUAUGAAUUCCUCUUGAGCGAGGUUGACAUCUACGAGGCCGAGCCAGGGGUGGUUCGGGCUCGACUCCAAGUGACAGCCCGUCAACUCAACUCCAAAGGCACUCUUCACGGAUCCUUCUCUGCCACCGUCACCGAUUGGGCCGGUGGUCUGGCCAUUGCCUCCUGUGGAUUGGACGCGACCGGAGUCAGCACGGAUAUCCACGUCAACUACCUCUCUACUGCCAAGGAGGGCGACUCGCUGGAGAUUGAGAGUCGUGCCAACAAGGUCGGCAAGUCUCUUGCCUUUACGACGGUUACUAUCUCCAAGAAGACCGAGUCGGAAUUGACUGUCGUCGCUCAGGGCUCGCACACCAAGUAUGUUCGGACACGAUGA